AUGUACUAACUUCUUAUAAGGUUGGCAGUCACUAACAUUUGAACUUCCUAGAAGAAAGAUGAAAAAGUAGGUGCAAACUAAGCAAAGCAAUAUCUAUUCAUGAAAAUGCUUACGAGAGCUCAACAGUCAACAAGGCUUUGUUCCGAGCAGAAACUUGUGCCAAACAGAACUUCUGUUAUUCAAGUUCUUCAACACUACUUGUGACGGCAUCUCUGACCAUUAUUUCCAGUGACUUAGAAGAUUGGUGAUAUUGUCAUCCUCAGAAUGGGUCAUUUCAUCCCCAACAAAAUAAGAUUUGCAGGGGUGAAGGAGUGGAUCUUCAGAGUUACUGGCUUCUUUUUCAGCCUAUUAUCUUUGGGGUGUGGAAUCAUCCUCGCAAACAGCAGAUACUGGCGCCUCUGGGAAUUUGAUGAUAAGGUUGUCCAGCUUGUUUACAUUGGACUCUGGGAAGCGUAUUACAAUUGGCAAUGUAACGUCUCUGAUACUGAGAUUAUAAUUCCGGUACACAGCCCUGUCAACUCUACCUGGACAAUUUCACCUGAAUUUCGAUGUGCACGGAACCUCAUAUUACUGGCAAUGCUGAUAAAACCUGUUGUUGUGAUUUUUAGCUCAGCAGCCAUUAGGGUCAGCAUAAUCAAAGCCUCAAUCCCUGAGAUUCAGAUAGUGUGUUACAAGAUCUCUGUCUUAAUUCUGAUUUUCAGCAGCCUUUGUACCAUUAUUUCUGUGACCUGGAACCAUGUAGUAGAGUUCUAUGGCGAAACCAUCCUUGACUUUCCACCAACGUUUCCAGUUAAGAAAGAAGCCCUGAUUAGAAAAUACAGCACUCAUGUGUUUCCACUGGGACUCUUGACAACCACCCUGUCACUCUUUGGUGUGAUCAUGUUCCUAUUUGAGAUAAGUUCACUGAAAAUUCAGAAAAAGCUGAAUGCCUAUCAUGCUUCCAAACGGGCUGAUGACAGGCCCAUAAAUGAAGGUUCUGUCAUUUGCAAAAUGUGCCAGGAGAAUGCCUGAAAACUUUUCUGCAACCAUGCAGUACUCCUGUAGUUAUUUACUUAUUAAAAAUAAAAUGUCACAUUGAUGUUU